AUGCCUCGAGCGACCAGGCGCGCCCAGGUUGCACCUGCUGUCGGCCAAUCUAUCGCUAGCUUUGCUCGCGUAUCAAAAAUUCAUACUCCUGCCGAUGCUGCCAAGAAAGUCAUCGCCGAAACCCAUUCAACAGGAAUCACCAGGAAACGAAAAGCGACUGCAGGCGAACAAGACGAUCAUCCCAGGACCAAAGCUCGAACCUCCUCAUUCGCUCCCAGUAGCGAAGAUGAGCUUUCUACGCCAGCAAAACACUCACUCCGAGGCAAGGAGUCAGUAAUCAGCUCAAUCACAAAAGUUACGCCAGUGUCAAAAGGCAAGCGAACAGCCAAGACAAUCCCUUCGAGGAGCAAGACUGCUCACAAGCCUGUCGGCUCUACACCCCUUUCCGAAAGCAAGCGACAAGGGAAAACAGUACAGACCAAGCUUGAUGGCGUUUUUAAGAAGCUGAGCAAACCCGGGGCGGAUAAGGAUGCUUUGCCUGCACAUCUCGCUGAGCUCAUCGACAUACACAAAGCCUUUGUCAAGACCAUCAUGAUCCAACUUGCUCACAACGGAAACAACUCCCCUAUCGACAUGCGCUCGCUCGCUCCUCACAUCUCCCAAUCCUGGGGGAAACGCCAGGUCACUAUCGAGGACAUUCGUCGAUGCAUCGCCAUUCAAAGUUCAGCCAGGCACGAUACUCAUUCGCCAUUCAUGAUCACAGACUAUGGGCGAGGAAAGAUCUGCGUCGAACGCUCUUCUGCUGAUACGGCACCUAUUAACGAAGAACGGUUAUUAAGGCAGUUUGGCAUCAACCUACGGGCUUUGGGCACCGAACGCUCUGUUGAUGAUAUGGAUAUCGACCUCCCAUUGAAUAGUCUUUCGUUGGACGAGCUCCCCCAGGUGGACAUCAAGAAUAUGGGCAAUGGAAUAAACGCAAGCCCUCUUCUCGAUAGAGGACAACGUGCGCUCUCGGAGCUUAAGAAUAGUGUCGCGACAAAGCAGCACGAAAAAGCAGCAAAACAAACUGCCGUGUCCAACAACCCUCUCCUUAAUCCAGAUGGGACUAAGAUGAGCCUCCUGGACAGGCUUCGGCUAAAACAGCUGACCAAAGCCAAUGAGCCACUACCUCCUUCAGGACCCGAGCUCCAGCGUCGUGCAGCUCUCAACCGUGUUGGCGAUGUCGCAGCGACUAUUUCUAUGUUGACAUUGUGCAACCCAAUGUCACUACCACGGCAAGCUUUUACAAUGGCAGUGAUUCUUGAGAAACUCAAGGAUUCUCUCCGAAUGCCAGUAUCCAAAGAGGAGGGUGCAGCUUGCGUGCGGUUGAUUGCAAGCGAAGUCGCGCCGGAGUGGCUACGUGUUGUCACUAUCGGAGGCAGAGAAAACGUAGUUGUUCAGCGCAACAACCAACCUGUUGACCGAGUAUUACAAGAUCGUGUACAGAAGCUAUUGGCCUGA